AUGGAGUGGCAGAAUCCUAUAAAUUACAAGAGAAGUUCUGUUUCGCUGGGUAUGCCGUACGCACAAGGAGGUUAUGGGCUUGCUUACACCAGUCCUCAACAACAACAAAGGACACAAUUCUAUAGUAGUCGACAUGCUCUACUUCCCCCCAGUUCGAACACUAAUAAUAACGGGGUACUAGCUAAUGGAGGUGGUUCAGGUGUUAUGGAUCGCCAAAGUUACUAUUUUUCGCCUGAUCCAUUAUAUUGCUCGGAUUGGACAUAUAUGAAUGGUGGAGAAAUGGAUUGCAUAGCAUUGAGCUCGUAUAAGGAAGGGUUCAACAAUAAAAUACUGAUUGUCCAUGGGGUCAGCUAUGGAAAAGAAGCGACGGGUGCUGGCAAUGGAGAGAUGGAUGAAGAUGUGACUAUGGGGUCUCCUACGUCGAACGCAUAUCAGGAUGACUUGAUCGAGGGGUUUGAUUUCCACAAGGUGGCAGAAGCGUCAGUUGAUUACCCGGUAACGAACUUGCAAUGGGACCCGUCGAUGCUCAGAAUGGCUAAUGGGGUAUCUGAGCGUUUAGCCGCGUCGCUGGAGGUGUUGAGGUUAUAUAAAGUGGACCACGAAGCUUUCGAUGAGAAUAGUGACUACAAAUUGACCCAGACGCACAUCCUUGCCAAUAACACGGCAACUGCGUCGUCUUCGACGUCGUCGUCAGCGCAAUCGAACACUGGUGGCACAUCCGGAAGCACUAGUGACGACGUGAACACGUUCCCACCCGUUACGUCGUUUGACUGGAACAAGAUCGACCCCAGCCUCAUUAUAACGUCUUCUGUCGAUACGACAUGUACAGUGUGGGACUUGAACAGGUCGAGUACCACUGCAGAUCCCAGCUCGGAUCUGGGCUCCCCCAGCGACACGGCUACCGUCAAGACCCAGCUUAUCGCUCACGACUCGGAAGUGUUCGACGUCAAGUUCAUCCACAACUCGACCAAUGUGUUUGCGUCAGUGGGAAACGACGGGUCGAUGCGGGUGUUCGACUUGCGGUCGUUAGAGCAUUCUACCAUUAUCUACGAGCCUUCCCACCCAUCCACAACCACGUCGACCCCAUCGACACCCCAUCACAACUCGCGGGCGCUUCUCAAGCUCUCGGCAUCCAACAUCGACCAGCACUACUUGGCCACCAUCGGUGUCAACUCGAACCAGGUCAUAAUCAUCGACAUGCGCAUGCCCGGACUUCCAGUGGCUGCGCUCGACGGUUCCUUGGGCGGAGCCAACACCACAGCCAUCAAUUCCAUCCAGUGGCACCCCUCUUCCAACUACAUUCUUACCGGAGGCGACGACUGCCAGGCCCUUGUAUGGGACUGCAACAACAUCCGCCAUCCCGGUGUCGCCAAAUCCCUGUCACCGGCUUUAUCACACACUCCCGAGUUCACCUCGCUAAUCGAUUCACCAGUGCUCGCCUACAACGACGAUCUCGAAGUCAAUAACGUAUGCUGGCGCCGCGACAGCGGCGACUGGAUGGGUGUGGUCAGUGGCAAGGGUUUCCAGGCCGUUCUGAUAUAA